UUUUAGUUCAUAUUGAUAGUCUUUUCCUGUAUCAAAGAUUUUCAUUGAUAUAUACAAGGUUCAUAUAUUUAUAGUCUUCAACUUGGGUAUAUUGAGGUUUCUUGUGUAUAUCUGAUCUUUAAGUUAAAAGAUGAAGGGUGGUAGUGGUCAGAAUCUGAGCACUGUAAAAUUUGUUCCGAAGUUCAUCAAUGUUCAAAUCCACCAUCUCGUCAAUGUUCUCUCUUAUUUCCUCUUAUUUGGUGUUGGAAUAACCCUUGGGAUGUUCCUCACUGUCUAUCUCAAAGACUUUUCAUUCAGUCUCCAAUUGGCCCAAUUCUCAUUCACAACUUCUUCAUCAAAUCAAAACAUGAUAAUGCCAAGUGUGACUGCGGCACAAACCAAUUUGAGUCACCCCCAACACAUUGGAUUGGAGAAGUUUCUGAAGCCCCCUAUGAUUUUGCACGACAUGGAUGAUGAUGAAUUGCUAUGGAGAGCUUCUUUGGCUCCUCGGAUCUCAGAGUAUCCAUUCCAUCGAGUUCCGAAAGUUGCCUUCUUGUUCUUGACCAAGGGACCUGUUUAUUUGGCUCCAUUGUGGGAGACGUUUUUCAAAGGGCAUCGAGGUUUGUACUCGAUUUAUGUGCACUCGAAUCCGUCUUACAAUGGAUCGCACCCGGAAAGUCCAGUGUUUCAGGGCAGAAGAAUUCCUAGUCAGGAAGUAGAAUGGGGAAAUGUGAACAUGAUUGAGGCCGAGCGCCGCCUAUUGGCAAAUGCGCUUCUUGAUAUCUCAAAUGAACGCUUUGUUCUUCUCUCGGAAUCAUGCAUCCCCCUGCACAACUUCAACACCAUCUACCAUCACCUUGUGAAUUCAAACAAAUCAUUUGUUGAAGUCUAUGACGAUCCAAGUAGUGUUGGCCGUGGGAGAUACAAUUCACACAUGUACCCGCGUAUCACAUUGUCACAAUGGAGGAAAGGGUCUCAGUGGUUCGAGAUGAAUAGAGACCUUGCCAUUGAAGUUGUUGCAGACAAAAAGUACUUCCCUCUUUUCAAGAAGUACUGCAGGGGCUCAUGCUAUGCAGACGAGCAUUACUUGCCAACAUUUGUUCAAAUGAAAUUUGCAGCAAAGAACUCAAAUAAAACCUUGACCUGGUACGAUUUUUCGAAGGGUGGACCGCACCCUGCUACGUUCACCAGAACAGACGUGACGGUUGAUAUGCUGAACAGCUUGAGGAAUGGUACCAAAUGCUUGGAUUAUCUAAUGACUGGCAACACUUGUCAUCACUUAUUUGCUAGGAAGUUCACUCCUGGCACUUUGGAGAGACUGAUGCGGUUUGCACCAAAACUGAUGCAGUUCAACAGAUGAUCUAUAUGGGUGAUGAUUCAUCAGAUUCAUCAUCAUUAAUUUAUUCAUUCUUGGGUUAAUGAAGUGUAGAGAGUACAAAAUGAAAAUGAUCUUCCGGAUUAUUAUAAGAUUCUUUCUUUUGAUUU